GCUUGGUUCCUACACCAAGCUAGAGAGAAAGAGAUAGAAAGGGGAACCAUGUCUUCAAGCGAUUAAAAAAAAAAAAAAAAAAAAACCAGACACACCACGGAGAUUACCUGUCGCGCGCGCGUUGGAUGGUGUUUUAGCUUGACGUUAAACGCCGUGUUUUGUAGGAGUUACCUCAGAGGAAUAUGCUGGCGUGCGGAGUGACAGAGUGGAUAUGGAGAAUGGCCCGAACAUAUUGAAUAGCUUCGUCAGAAGAGGAGGAGGAGGAGGAGGGAGCGCUAUACCGCGAGGAAACACGUUUCAGGGAGAAAAAUAGGCAGCGAGACAAGAAACAAAAACACUCGGACUGAGAAAAAUUCUAACCUAAACGGAUUCUUGAUGAAUGGCUUGUCCUCGGCGCUAAUAAAAACGACCGAGGUCGAGUCGAGUCGCGGUAGCUCUUCUUCUCCUCCUCCUCGUCUCUCUAUCUCCUCUUCCUCAUCUCUUCUCUUAUUCUUUUCUCUCCUCUUCUCUCUCAGUCAGAGUAUUAGCCUGCGCUAAUCAGCGAGGCGACCGUUUCGGCCGUUGACCUUUAAAUUAAAACUGAACUGAACACGGAGCUCGCGCUCGACAUGGAUUUUAACGGCAGCGGCUUGGGCAACGAGCUGCACAACAAUAACCAGCCGUACCAGUGUGAGGAGAGCAAGCCCUUACUGGAGCCAGAGGGCAAUAAUAAUAACAGUAAGCUAAGCGCGGGGCCGUGCCGCCGGAGCGCGCUUCACUGCAGUGGAGGUGGUGGUGGAGGAGGAGGAGGUGGUGGUGGUGGUGGAGGUAUGCGCUAUAAACUCCUGCACGAGGGAGACAUCCAGGUGUGCGCAGUGAAACACCCGCGCACCUUCCUCAGCAAAAUCCUCACCUCUAAGUUCCUGCGGAGAUGGGAACCCCACCACCUCACCCUGACCGACAGCAGCAUCGUCUCCGCCACGCCUACAGGUUAUAUGGAGGCAGCUCUGUCAUACAGUACUAUAGAGGACCUGCAGCUGUUGUCUUGGGACAAUGCCCCCAAAUACUGUGUCCAGCUCAGUGUCCCUGGAGGGACUGUCCUUCUUCAGGCUGCCAACAGCUAUCUGCGGGACCAGUGGUUUCACUCUCUACAGUGGAAGAAAAAGAUUUACAAGUACCGCAAGGUGCUGAAUAAUCCCAGCCGCUGGGACGUGGUGCUAAAGGAAAUCCGAGCUCUGGUGGACAUGGCGCUUACCUCUCCACUGCAAGACGAAUCUAUCCACCAAGCACCGCUACAUAUUAUCUCCACCCUACUUGCUGAGAACACCAACCUCAGUGCCCAGGACCAUGAGAGCAUCAUUGUGGCAAUCGCUCCUCUUCUGGAAAAUAACCACCCUCCUCCCGACCUGUGCGAAUUCUUCUGCAAGCACUGUCGCGAGCGUCCACGCUCCAUGGUGGUGAUUGAAGUGUUCACUCCAGUGGUCCAGAGAAUUCUCAAACACAACAUGGAUUUCGGGAAGUGUCCCAGACUGCGUCUCUUUACUCAGGAGUAUAUACUGGCUCUCAAUGAACUCAACGCCGGCAUGGAGGUAGUCAAAAAGUUCAUCCACAGCAUGCAUGGCCCCACCGGACAAUGUCCUCACCCUCGAGUCCUCCCCAACCUGGUGGCAGUAUGCCUGGCUGCAAUUUACUCCUGCUAUGAAGAGUUUAUUAACAGUCGUGAUAACUCUCCUAGUCUGAAGGAGAUAAGGAACGGCUGUCAGCAACAGAGCGAGCGGAAGCCCCCGAUGCCGCUCCGGUUGAUGCGUCCAGAUCCUCCGACCUCCCUUUCGCCCCCUCCCUCCUCCAUCGUCAACUCCAGCGAGAUCCUGGUGGAGCUAGAGCGCAACAACAACACUGCCAACACGACGCUGCGCAAGGCGCCUGCAGGGGGUGACAGCGAGCCCAGCCUAAUUGAGUGCUUGCUGGUGAGCCCGGCUCUCAGCGCCCUGUCCAUUCAGCUCCCUGCCCAGGCUGACCGAGUGCUCGCCUGCUUUGCGCUCAUCCUCAAGAUGCUCUCUGACUAUGAUGACUGGAGACCAGCGCUGGCUAGCCUGCUGCAGCCUAUCCCAUUCCCCAAAGAAGCCCUUGCUCAUGCCAAAUUUACGAAAGAGCUGAAAUAUGUUAUUCAGAGGUUUGCGGAGGACCCCAGACAGGAGGUGCACUCCUGUUUACUCAGUGUGCGCUCUGGAAAAGAUGGCUGGUUUCAGCUCUACAGUCCAGGAGGCGUGGCCUGCGAUGACGAUGGAGAGCUGUUUGCCAGCAUGGUUCACAUCCUCAUGGGUUCUUGCUACAAGACGAAGAAAUUCCUUCUGUCUCUGGCAGAAAACAAACUGGGGCCCUGCAUGUUGCUGGCACUGCGAGGAAACCAGACCAUGGUGGAGAUCUUGUGCCUGAUGCUGGAGUAUAACAUCAUAGAGAAUAAGGACACGCAGCUGCAGAUCAUCUCAACUCUGGAGAGCACGCAGGUCGGCCUGCGCAUGUACGAGCAGCUGUGCGACCGACAGAGAGAGCUUAAAGAACUACAAAGAAAAGGAGGGCCUACUCGACUCACUCUGCCAUCCAAGUCCACGGACGCUGAUCUUGCUCGCCUGCUGAGCUCUGGAUCCUUUGGGAACCUUGAAAACCUGAGUCUGGCCUUUACCAACGUCACCAGUGCCUGCGCUGAGCAACUCAUCAAGUUGCCGUCCCUUAAACAGCUCAACCUGUGGUCCACUCAGUUUGGAGACGCAGGGCUGCGACUGCUUUCAGAGCACCUGGCCUGCCUGCAGGUCCUCAACCUGUGUGAGACUCCAGUCACUGAUGCUGGUCUUCUAGCCCUUAGCUCGAUGAAGAGCCUGUGCAGUUUGAAUAUGAACAGCACUAAACUCACUGCAGACACCUACGAGGACCUAAAGGCCAAACUUCCCAACUUGAAGGAGGUAGAUGUUCGUUACACAGAGGCCUGGUAAACCUAAUCAGCACCCAACCCUAAUCCUCAAGGAAUCUCCGGCAUCAUAUAGGCAUAUGGAUUCGCUGAUACCAUCAAGACACCGAGCCUUUAACAUCAUCACAAUCAGUAAUUUGCAGAAGAGGACUGUGUUUAUAGGAACAUGAUUCAACACACCAAGGACCUUCCGGUGACACGAGGCCAGCAAUUUGUGUAGUGUCGUCAUCAAACCACAGAAAGGACUGUCUUUGUAGCCACAUUAAAAGCGCAAGAAUAUUUAUAGUGACAUUAGCAAACGAAAGGAGGCUCUUGCUAUAUUUAUAUCUCUUAAGGAGACUAUUGUUUUUCUCUUUUCGACAGUCGUUCCCUGUUUUUUUUCCCCCCUUUUUUCCCUUCUCUUCUUGAAAGCAUAUCAACCCAAUCAGCUGCAACUGGUUCUGUGUGCAGGUGUGUUUGAUCAAAACAUUGCAUUCUUCUUUUUCUUCUUUUUUUCAUGAUAAGAGACAUAAAACCUCAGAGGCUGACUCCCCUGCCUUCAUCCCUUUUUCUUUUUCUUCCUCUCCAUGGGGAGCCAUUUCCCCCAAGGUGCACCCUGACUGGUGAGAGCCACAUUCCAGUAUAGUUUUGAUGUCACCUCCCAGUAGGGAAAAAAAAGGAAGGUGCAUUCGUGCUCGGCCUUUUCAGUUCGCACCCCCCACCUCUAUCCUUCAUGACAACUUGAUGCUGUUGCCUCUGAUCUAGAAAGUUGGUAGCCUGAGUGUCCACUACUGUACACACUCAUUUUAACCUCUCUCUAUCUCUGUCUCGAAAAAAAAAAAAAACAUUUAUUACCUUGAAUGAGCAUAUUUUUCCACACAUCUCUGCUUUCAUAAAUUGUGUGUUUAUACAGUAUAAAGUGUGUGUAUAAAAAAAAAAAAAUUAUAUAUAUAUAUAUAUAUAUAUAUAUAUAUAUAAUAUCUCGAUAUCUAUAUUCCCUUUUGACAUUUUAACAAUUUCAGGAGCUUGGUUGUACAACCUACUAAAAAGAAGAAUUUUAUCUUUUUCGCUUUUUGUUUGUUUGUUUGUUUUUGUUACGUUCAUGUUUGCUCAUGCACCCAUAUUUAAAGCAGCGGACAUUCAGAAGGUAGUCUGGGACUACUUAAUAUUUAUGAAGCCCUAGCAUUUUCUCAUGAUCCACUCUCCUUGACAACAUUCUUUCCCCCCCGCACCGCCAAGACGGUGCUUACGGGAUAUUUUCUACGAAGAGAGCACCUUUUAAAAAGUGGCGUAACAAUCUCCGGAUGCAAUCUGUUUAAAUAUCUCAAAUUUUCUCAGCCUUGGUGAAAUGUCUGAUUUUCUUAUAGUGCCUAUUUUGCAGCGUGGGAUUAUCACAUAAGGCCUCGUAGAAAACAUUGUGCACGUUUAUAAGAAAUCAAACGUCAAGCCAUAAUUUGUGAAACAGUGAAAAAUUAUUCAUGUAUGUUUUAUCUUCCCGUUUUUUCCAACAUUUCCAAAAGUUUUAAAGUUACCGAGUAAGAAAAACAUAAGAAGGAAGAGUUUACAGAGCAUGUUGUUGUUUUGUGUAACACAAUGUCUUCUGUAAAACAUCCAUAUAUAUUAUGCAAAUUUUAUCCCGUAUAUGGUGAGAAGAGCCAGUCAUAGCUGAAGCCUAAAUGAAUGCUUUGUUUAGAUGUUAAUACUAGAGCCGGAUUACAGAAACGACACCAGACUGCUCGUAUCCUCUCUCCCUGCACUUCCAAGCACAGCUCUGAUUUUUGCUACCCUGGUCCGCUUGACCAGUCUCUGAUCGGACGGCUCGAUUUACUAUGCCGUUACUAUGCCUGGUCCAGUGGAGAAGCCUGAACUGUGUACGGUAGCCUUAAAUGGAGCACGGAGAUGGACGCCGUGCACUGAGAGUCUAAUACCGUGUGUCUUGCGGGUGGUAGUGGCACAAAGGCCCACCGUGUUCUACCAUCUCAGGUCCAGUAAAAGACGCUGCGCUCGUGGUUGCAUCCUGUAUAAUGUACAUACCAGUGUAUAUAAUUUCCCUCACCCACUCUGUCGUAUAAUUCUUCAUUCGUUUUUCUUUCUCUUGUCCUUUUUUUUGAGAGAGGGACUGCUGUUGCCUUGAUUUUUUAGGAUUUGUCUCCUAGGUCAGCUUUUCUUUAUUUGUAUGUUCGUUCUUUUUUCUCUCUCUCACACACUUUUUUCCCUCCCAGACCAAGUGCACUGUAAUAUCCUUUGAAAUAUAAUUGUUUUAAUUAUUUUUGUCACUUUAGUCCACGUUUGUUUUUCUUUUGCUGCAUGUACAUGAUGCGUAAGCAGAAUGUUUUAAUUUCAUUUCAAAUGCUAAAUCAGAUUUCAAUGCAAAAGAAAAAGCGAGUUUGUAAUUACAGAAGAAUUUCAGUAGAGUGCUGUAUGCAGCACAAAGGUAAUCAGUCGCCAUUAUGAAUGAAAAGCCAGUGCGCUCUGUAUGAGGGAGUGAACUCGGCUCAGUAGGCAGAAACCUGCUGUCGUCACCCACCAACAAGAUGUCUGGAGUGGUUCUACUGUGUAAAUUGGAUCGGAUCUGGCUACAUAUCUUUUGAAGGCAUCUCAGAAAAAGUGCAAUGGGGCUAAAAAAAAAAAAGCAAGACUAAUUUCUCAAUUUAUUAUUAUUUUUUUUGUAGAAAACAUGGGGAUAACUUCCCUUACAGAGCUUGUUAACUAUUAGUCAUCUCUCUCUCUCUGUUCUGUGUUGCUCACUGGUCUUCUCUCAUACCCUUCCACCUUCUAUUUCACGAUAAUAAAAUUUUUUCAGCAAUUUCUAAAAACAAGACGAUGGAGCAGCUUUGUAUCAUUUUAUUUUUGAAUUGUGACUGAGUCUUAACGUGGUGAUGAAUGGGACGUCGACCACUGCAGUCCCCUCCCGGGGGCAGUCAUGUACAUAAAUUAACUACAUUUCCCAUGAUUCCUGGAGUUUUUGGCAGAUAGAACCUGCUGCCCAUAUUUCCUCCUGUCUGUGUUUUAACUGCUUCUCCAGCUGGGUCACUGCUGCUGCUCUGUGGCUGUUUGUAAUGACAAUACAAGACCUUGAACAGGAAAAUAAGUCAGCUACGAUGUGAAAUAAUUUCAAUCAGAAUAAACUGUCUGUGAAUAUGUUUCAAAUGCAAA